GCUCUCAUAAAGAUCAUCUUUUAAAUAGGAGCAGAUAGCAACCGGGGUCACUUUGGUCACCAGGAUUUUUCCAUCUUAGUGUUGGUGAAGACAGGAAAACAGAAAGUACCAAGACCUCCAUCCACAUUCUCAGAGAAACCACAGCAAGCUCCAAGCCUGCUUCUCUGCUGAUCUGCUGCAUCAGGUUGCAGAAUCCCCCUCACGAUGAUGGAGAAGCUACAAGGUUCUGACACCCACAGAGCCAGUCUGGAAAAGAGCAAGAGAGAGAUCUUAAGGCAUACCAAGAGAGCAUGGGCACCUAUGGAUGGGCAUCCACUUCCUGGCUCUGAGGAGGAAAGCACAAUGGUCACCAUGCAUGUUCAAGAAAAUUCCAAGCAGGAAAGCAUCCAGCAGUGGCUGGACUCUGGAUACUUUGUCUCUGUAAAUGAAAACUUCCAGCAAGCCAUCAACCAUUCUGCUUCCUUGCACGAACAAGGGAUGGUUCAAAUGACCGUGAAAGACUACAUGAGAUCUCUGCACCAGUUCUCAGAGACGCCUACCCUGUCCAGAGGGACUAGUUUCAAUUCUUGCUAUUCCACCACAGGUGUACCACAAAGCAUUCCUGAAUGGUUGGAAUUUUGGGAAAAAGACCCUGUGGAGAUUCUCUUGGAUCUGGGCUUUGGUGCUGAUGAGCCAGAUAUAUGCACACAAAUCCCAUCCAGAUUCCUUGGGUACAGCUCAGCAGCCAGAGGAAUCAACAUCCGUGUUUUUCUUGAAGCACAGAAGCAGAGGAUGGACUUCGAGAAUCCUGACUUGUAUGGCAGGUUCCGACAGUUGGAAAUCCUGGAUCAUGUGACCAAUGCUUUCUCAUCUUUGCUGAAUGAUGUUAACACCACCCAGAGCCAAGAUGAAGAGAAAGUUGGAAGAGAGGGUGUACAAAACCCCACAUCGACUGGAGCUAAAGAGCAUCGGAGAAGAAUGAGUCAACUUUUAAAGAGAACUUCAAGACAGACCAUCAGGAGAGAUGGCAACCCAGCGCUGUCAGAAUCAUUCAAGACUGAAGACGGGAUUUCUAGUCUGCCCACAAAGCCGUGGGAGUCUAGGCUGGGGCUGCAAAUGGCUUCCACUAGCCAUGAUGGAGGUCAAGUGCCUUUUUCAACAGAACAUGGUUCUGCCCAAGUCUGCAAUGACUUGUCCCCUUGUCUCCCUCCACAUGCUCUUCUGGACAAGCAGUUGGCAAAACAGUCUCCUCAUACCAGAGUGCCUGAGGGGUCAGUUAGAAGGAAAAUUUGGAAGGAGAAAUGGAUUCCCAUGGACAAGCUCAAGAAUUUGUCUCACAUCGUGAGUAAAGGAGUGGACUCCUUUGAAAUGGAGGAGGUCCAAAGCUUUGAUGAAGACACUGGCAACCCUCUUAACCUGAUUUCAGGAAUUGCAGGCUCCCGAGUGGACAGAACAAACAGCUGUCAGUCGGACAGCAGCGGAUUUUUGGAGGAGCUGCCAGAGCCCCACCCCUUCCAGGUAUCUUCCUUGCCUGGAAACCAGAGUUCCACUGACUGUAAAGGUAGCAAACCAAGGGAUCAGAGUCAUAGGCCACCAUCAUGGCAUGACUGUCAGCAAGAGUCCAGUGACUCUAAAUUCAAGAGCAUGGUGAGCUCAUCUUUUUCAAGUCAUGAUGGGAGUAUCUUGGAAAGAAAGGUCUCAGCAUCUGUGGAGGAGGAAAAGUUUCAACUUGAGGCCAUGGAAGGGCAACCAGAGAUAGUCAACCCAGAUAUGACCCUUACCAAGCCCCUGAUGGUGGAAGACUACCCAGGGAGUCUCGUUGGAACUUUAGUCACUUCUACAUGUGACAACACAAUGAGGAUCAUGGUGAAUCCUGUCACAGAAAAGGAAGAUAGGUCUCUGAGGCAUAAGGAUACUGGAAAAUUGCUGAUACAAGGAUGUCACUUUGAAUCACCAACGUCAUCUGGGAUGGAUCACACUCCAGACAAUUUCUAUCAUGUGAACUCUGAGAUCCCAGGAACAGAGGACAGCAGCAAGGUCUAUCCUGACACUAAGCAAAGUUGGGUGGUGCAAGAGAGGCUAACCCAGCCCUCCCAGCAACACAGAGGAUCCAUGUCCUGGAGCGGUGACCUUGUUCAAAACUCUGAGAAGUCAAUUCCCCACCUUGAGAAGCCACCUGGAGGUGAUCCCACUGACUCAAAGGCUGCCAGCUCUUGGUCUGUGACAACCCAGAUAUCCUACAAUCCAGUGUCAACUGCUCAGAGUGUUUCAGACUUGAGGACCUGCUACAAAGGAACAGCUUUGGAAGGCAGUCCCUGUGACCCUGUUAAUACCAUAGACCCGAGACUGCAGACGAAAGCAAAGCAGGUCAAUGAUGUUGCCAUUCAGACUUGUGCAUAUGAAUGCAAGCCGAGUUUCUCAUAUAAUAAGGCCUUAAAUCGUAGACCCUGGCCCCUCACCAAAUCCAUCUCUUUGGACACAGGUUUUCCUAGCACCUCCCCCACAGACCUCUUCCACAUCAUACCUGCCCACUGUUGUGUCUACUGUCAUCACUGUCCCAACUGCCAGGGGAGGAGGCAAAGUCCUGGCCCAGAACCCUCUCUUUGCAGGCAUUUCCUGCACUCACAGGCAGACGAUCCUGAAGCCCGGUUCAUGAAGACAUUGAAGAUACUUCAGGACACUACAGUGGGGGACUUGUGUUCUUGCACAGUCUAUGAGAUGGAAACCAUGAAGAUGGUGUGCCAGAGUUUCCAGGAGCACUUAGAGGAAAUGGAGCAGCACUUUGCAGAACAGCAGGCACUCUUUCACAGGGACAUGUCAGAAGAGGAAAGGGAAGAGGCUGAGGACCUGAGGACUUUACGAGAGGCCCUGAGGCAGCAGGUUGCAGAGCUGGCCUUUCAGCUAGGAGACCGAGCCAGGCAAAUCAAAGAAGGGAUCCUACUGCAUCUAGACCGACUCUCCGAGGAACUACCUGAACACUAUGCAAAUCUGCAACAGUAUAACUGGACAGAGGGAAGACAUGGCCAGAGGUCACGUGUUCAAACCCACACUGUGGCCCCUGAUUCUGUCCUUCCUGCCAGCUGUGGGCAGCAGACUCCCUGCUUGGGGGUGAUACAGCCAUUUGGUCUUGGUCACUCUGACCUUGAGAUUAGAGGUGGGAUGUCUCUUCAGUCACCAGCUGUGACAGAGUCAGGUCCUGGUCCUUCAUCAAGCAGUGCUGGAGAGUAACCUCUGUUAGACCAGACAGAGUUUGAUGACCUUUGUACAAGAUGGAAGCCCUCAGAGCAGCUGUAACCAGGGAAUCCAAAUCCUAUGGACCCAACCACUCUACAAUUAAAUUCAGAGUAUCUUAAUAUUCAAUGAUUACAUAAUAAGGAGUCAACCAGCAUGUGCCCGACCGGGGUAUGUUACAGUCACUGAGUAGCUUACGGCCUCUAUCCUGAUAGAUUAUGUGUCCUACCGGAAGACACAGAAUAUAAACACACAUAUGUAUCUAUAAUGAAUCGUCAACAUUUAAAAAAAAAUGGUCUCUAGCCUAAUAGAACAUGUGUGUGCCUUAAUGAAGGAAGCCAAAUACAAACACACACUUAUUUUUAUAAUGAAAAAUCAAGAUAAAAAACAGUGUGCCCUUAUUUUAUGAAAGAUAAGUUUCUGAGUGUGCUCAGGUACCUGAAAGGCAUGUUCAGAGAUUGAUAUUACUGAUGCUGGAGUCAGCUGUGAGCAAGACAGAAUGUCUGUGCAUCAAGAGUUGGAUAAAGUGGGAGAAACGAAACAACAAAUAAAUCCCGUUCCCACACAGACAGUUUGUGGGAGAGACACUCUGUGACACGGGAGGAAAGUGCCCUGGGGGCCUCAUCUGGGCCAGCUAUUAGGAAAAACUUGAAGGUAAGAAGCUGGGAGCCCUAGAGAGUUCAAGUUCAAGAGACUGGCAAGCAGAAGGGCAUAAGGCUCACAGGCUGGGGUGUAGAAAUGUCAUUUUUCCGACUGUGGUGGAUGAGAGUGAGGAUCUAAGUGAGGACCCUGGCUCCCUUCAGGUCAUGGUGAGGAGUCUAAGAGUAUGUAGUCUUUCAAGUGCAACAGAAAGUCUCCAUAAGUGGUAACUAUUGAUUUUGUAGCGUCCUAGCUACCUUUCAUAAUCACAAAAGAUACCCCAUGGAAACUACAGAGGAGAAGGGAGGCUGCUGGCUACAAGCCUAUUGCUUAUUGUUGUCCCUCAAGUCAAAGACAAAAGUUGUGCAGUUGUUUCCUUCCGGCUUUGGGAACAGCCUGGCUCCUCCUACAGGAGAACUGCAUCCAGGUGGCUACAAAAGUCAAACAAUGAGAGGAGUGAGGAACGGAUGAAAAAUGAAAGAGUCACAAACAGCAUCCUGGGCACCCCCAAGGGGAGCUUUCUAUUCGUGGGAGAGGAUGUGUGAGCAGAGGACACUUCCUAGCUAGGAACCUAAGACAGUAGUCCUUUGGAAACCAUCCACUAGCCUGUUUCAUUCUUUAUUGUCCUGCUUUGGUUGCUAUGACUUCAGCAAGGCCCUGAUUCCUGCGGACCAUCCACUGUCUCCCCUACUGUAUCCCCCAGAACGUGGACAUCUCUGUUCACACAUUUUCCUCAGCAUUUAUAUGCAUAACUUGGCCUCAGUGCCAACCCCUUCCAAAACUCCAGCCUUCCGUCCUCUUGCCACAGACACACACACAGACAAAGCCAUCUGCCUUGUCUCAUUGCGUCCUUGAUUGGCACCUCAGGAGCAGUCACUGCAUCACUGCUGCGUUUUGUCGUGGUGUGGCCUCCAGAGUUCCCCAUAACCAGGUGAUGGCACAAUGCCUUUAGCUUUCCUCUCUCUGAGCUGCCAUGGCAACUGAGAAACUGUCUCUGCCAGGCACCAAUGGGGUCGUGUCUCCCUGACUCAGGGAGAGGACCUAAGAAGUGAUAUGUCAGAGAACUAAGAGAGUCAUCCCAAGACUAUGAUCCAGAGCAUGUGUUUCUCCGGCCUGGAAUCACUACCCCCUUUCCUUUCUACUGCUGUCUUACUUUCCUGGACACACAUCUCUCUUCUACUUCCCACAUUAUGAUACGACUUCCAGCCCUUAACUGACUUUUAAUUGCUUUUUAACAUUCUAAAUUUCUUCGUUUUCUGUGCUUUCAACGUUCUUCUUGGUUCAGACUUGGUCUGCAUCUGCCUGCAGCAUUAUGCCUGUGCUUCCUUCCCUGGACUGCCUACUACCCUGGCAGCCAUGCGCAUUAUGGUCUCAAGCUUUACUUUGUUCUUAUGUCAAUCUGAAAUGCUGGUCCUCUGAGCCACCUUAUAUAUUCCUACAUCCCUUCACAUCACAGGCUGUGUAUGCACAGAUUCAACCGGUCACACUUCAGCGAUAUUAAUAAGAGAAUCACAUAUGCAUUAUAGACAUUGCUCUUGCCAUCAUCCAACUAUUUUGUAACAUAUAUAUUCUUUUAGUAGACACUGCAAGUAAUCUAGGGAUGAUUUAAAGAGUUCAAAGCAUGCCGAUGUGUGUGUUUCGUGCAAACACUGCAUUGCUUAGCAUAAGGGUUAUUGAGCAGAAUAAAUGCAGUAAUUGGUUGCAGUAAUUAACUCAGUAUCCCUCAGAGAGUAAAUGCUCAAUAUAUGUUGACUACUAUUGAUGCAAAGGCCAACACAUCAGUAAGUCCAGUGUGAUUAUUACCUUCGUUCUGUUGAGAAGGGGGUCUGGGAGCAAAGCCGCUUACCCUGGAAGAAUAUUAACAAAUGCCUGAGGAAUGGACGAGCAGAAUAAAGUAGUGCUCUCAAGAGACAGGGAAGAAGAUGACCUCAUCUCAGAAGCAGCACCAUUUCAAGCUGUAGGAGGAACUAUUUUGCACUUAAAAGGCAAUGUGUGUGGACCAUUUCAGCCAUCAGGCAGAUGCCUUCAGGUAUGAAGGAGGAGAGAGCUACCCAUGGUUUGGAUGAAGAAAGGCAAAUGGAAUCCCCAAAGAGCUCUACAUAGUCAGAGACUAAUUCUCUAACAAAGAAGAUAAAAGGGAGUAAAAUGUAGAAAGGCUUCUAUGUCUCACCCAGAACUUUAUUGCCUUCAAUGACUGAUGCCAAAUAUCACCUAGAAUUCCAGCCCUUGGCCUUCGCAUUCAGACUGUUUGUAAUCACUGGCUUUCCUGGUUUAUGUGAUAAGCAUUUUAUCUCCAGCUGUUUCUGCUUUUCUGGAGGACUCUGAUAGUGAGAAAGAGCUUGAAGAUCUUAUGAAAAAAAGCUUGACUUAUAAAAAGGUAUGCUGAGGCCUAGGUUUGUUAAUAAGAAGCAAUGGAACUCUGGCAAUAAAUCUGAA